AUCACAGCUACGUUAGAUCGCCUUCAGGCCUGGCCCGGGCAGCAGAGUUUGACUAAAAUCAUUUGUACAUUCCCAUUGCGCUAUCUUGUUAGUUCCCGAUGGUCUAGUCCUUGGAAGUCACCGUUCCUGAAAUUCGGUGAGCCGGAAAUCCAUCAGGAUCGUAGUCGUACUUCAUUUAGUCAGGCUUAGGACGUCGCUGUCCCGAGGAACGUAGUCCGGAUCGUGCCGUUUUAGACACGUGACGCAACUUAAGAUCGAUCGGCUUCCCACUCAUAUGUAUGUGAUUUGUAAUAGGCCUAUCGCAGAGAAACCGAUUCGAGGUAUCGCUAUUGUCGUUUCACCACGGAGCUGGUCGACAAGGUACCGAUGAACCGACCGAAUCGGAGCGUCACCCAGCGGCAUGCCACUUCUCAAGCGACCGACUCGUCUUGACUGGUGUCGGUUUUGUGGAAACGAGUAUCGAAAAUUUUCGCCUCUUGUAGAAGGAGUUUCAGCCGCUCGAUGUUCUGCUCCGAUCCAAAAGCCACCAACAGAUCUUCGGCAAUAUUUGGACUCGGUUCAACGAAAUGCCUCUAUAUAAGCUGGGCGAUAGGAAGCAUUUUUUUCAAGCCGCUUUCUGCAGUUGCGACAUCUGUUACCUCCUCUGCACUCGAUAUGGCCAUUAUCUUCAUCCCGAUGAUCCUUGCCUGGCUUGCGACGACCGUGUCCAAUGGCCCGCAGGUCGCAGUCAGCCCCACCGGCGUCCGCAUCACGCGUGCACAGGGUGUCCAAGGCUACAACACCUGGGCCUACCUGAAGCCCCUUUACGAUCAGGUGCUCGACCCAGUCAAGGUUGACACGUUCCAGUGCGAUCUCACCAUCAAUUCCAUCACCGCCGCCACCGAAUUCAAGCUCCAGCUGCCCAGCAUCGUCAUCCUGCGCUGCACCGCGCCGUACGCCGGCGGUCGCGUCUCCUGCAACUACGUCUACUUCGACCUUGCGGGGCGGUUCCAGACCAUCGGCAGCUCGGCAUUCGUUCCUGGCGGACCGUCGCGCCAGAUCAAGCUGGUUUUCGGAUCCACUGGCGUGACGGUGUACGAGACGGGAGUCAUCGUGGGAACAGCGGGCACGGCCCUCAUUGGCGUCGAACCCCACCAGGUCAAGUUCAGCGCGCAAAUUCUGGACAGAGGUGCGGGCUUGGACAUUAGUGUCGAUAAGAUUGCGGUCGGGUCGAGUGCGAGUUUGGUGUGAUCUGGUGUGGUCUGGUCAAUGGUUUCGAAGAUUCAUUCCUUGUGUUCUCUUUGUUUGUGAAAUAUAUUUUACGGUCCUUGAGAUAGGCUUGAACACUGAAGCUACAAAAAGGUGGUCCCUCAUCCACGAGUAUCGUCACCGAAAGAUCCAGAAGGGGAAUCAACGGCCAGCCGAACGACGCGUCACUCCGAACAAUGGUAAAUCGACAAGGACUCUC